AGUAUGUAUGGAGAUGGGGCUUUUAUUGUGAAAGAACCCCACCUGAAGUGUUAGGUGUGUUGCUUCCGGCGGUUGGUUAGCUUGACGUUGGCAGGAGGCUGCUGCUGAAUUCAGGGAACAAACAUGGACAGUCAAGGGAGAAAAAUCGUUGUUUGUGACAAUGGAACCGGGUUUGUCAAGUGCGGCUUUGCAGGCUCCAACUUCCCCGAACACAUUUUCCCAGCGCUGGUUGGCCGGCCAAUCAUCCGCUCCACAGCUAAAGUUGGCAACAUUGAAAUAAAGGACCUGAUGGUUGGCGAUGAAGCCAGCGAGCUGCGCUCCAUGUUGGAGGUGAACUAUCCCAUGGAUAACGGCAUCGUCAGGAACUGGGACGACAUGAAGCACCUGUGGGACUACACCUUCGGCCCCGAGAAACUCAACAUAAACUCCCGCGACUGCAAGAUCCUUCUGACCGAGCCGCCCAUGAACCCCACCAAGAACAGAGAAAAGAUUAUAGAGGUGAUGUUUGAAACGUACCAGUUUGAAGGAGUUUACAUCGCCAUCCAGGCUGUCCUCACUCUCUACGCUCAAGGGCUGCUGACUGGAGUGGUGGUGGACUCUGGUGACGGUGUGACUCACAUCUGUCCGGUGUACGAGGGCUUCUCGCUGCCUCACCUGACCCGACGUCUGGACAUCGCAGGAAGGGACAUAACACGCUACCUCAUCAAGCUGCUGCUGCUGCGAGGUUACGCCUUCAACCACUCUGCGGACUUUGAGACGGUGAGGAUGAUGAAGGAGAAGCUGUGCUACGUGGGUUAUAACAUCGAGCAGGAGCAGAAGCUGGCGCUGGAGACCACCGUGCUGGUGGAGUCGUACACGCUCCCGGACGGCAGGUUGAUCAAAGUGGGAGGGGAGAGGUUCGAAGCCCCCGAGGCUCUGUUUCAGCCUCACCUCAUCAACGUGGAGGGGGUGGGGGUGGCCGAGCUGCUCUUCAACACCAUCCAGGCUGCAGACAUCGACACCAGGUCUGAGUUCUACAAGCACAUCGUCCUGUCCGGAGGCUCCACCAUGUACCCCGGCCUGCCGUCCCGCCUGGAGCGCGAGAUGAAGCAGCUGUACCUGGAGAGAGUGCUGAAGGGAGACGUGGACAAGCUAUCUAAAUUCAAGAUCCGGAUAGAGGACCCCCCCCGGCGUAAACACAUGGUGUUCCUGGGCGGCGCCGUGCUGGCCGACAUCAUGAAGGACAAGGACAACUUCUGGAUGACCAGGGAGGAGUAUCAGGAGAAAGGGACGCGCGUGCUGGAGAAGCUCGGAGUCACCGUCAGAUAAAACACAAACAGAAACACCCCCCCCCCCCCUCCAUCUCUCAGCUGAUAUCCACGCAUCGCUCACCUCGAUGUGUCGGGGUGUCGUCGAGUCACGCUCAUUUUUAUAAAGCAAGGAGGGAGGAAGAAGAUGAAGGAUACGGGGUAAGAAGUCUCAUGGUGAAGGAGGUGCUAACAGAGCUCUUGAAUAUAUGCCCUCCAAAAAAAAGAAAUGCUGACAAAUGUGUUUAAAGAUGCACAAGAUGGCGCCAUUUAGUCCUCAAUUUAGUACCAGAGUUUCGGUAACAUUUGCUUCCUUGGCAAGACUUUCAUCAUGGCUGCACAAUUUCAAUAUUGACUGGUUUUGCAAUUGCGACAUGAUUCCCGAUAUUAAAGGAAUCAUCUUUCUGUAAAAUACUGGAUAUUUGACUUCUCUGUACGAGAGUGUAUCAGAACAUUUCAUAAUGUUGCAUUUCGGCUUGUAUUCAAUUGAAUACAUGUGCAUGCAGCCUAUACUCUCAUACCUCUCAUUUCAACAUGAAACUGAAGCUAGAACGUUGUUAGCUUAGCUUAGCAUAAAGACUGGAAGCAGUUAGCCUCACAAAACCUGGCAACCAGCACAGGGCACACGCUUUAGUUGUCACUGAAGGCAAGGAUGGGUUUUUGCAAAUAUUUUAACACCAAACUUUAAAAAGGCCAUUCACCAUGAGAAGACAAGAAUAGAGAGGAAUUAAAAAUACUGAUAUGAGGCACCUCCAGUAUUUAGUUAGUUCAGCAGAGAUAUAAGGACAUGCUAAUCAAUGAGCUUUAGAGCUGCUUGUAGAUGGGUUUUGUGUCCUAUGCUAAGCUAACUAGCUGCUGUCUAAGCGUUAUUCUGAACUUACAUGAAAGUCUUGCCAAGUAAGCAAAUAAGCGCUUUUUCAAAUAUGUCGACAACAAAAAGAACAGUUAUUACGGCAUUCAGGUGCAGGCUGGUUACUUUGACGUGGGGAUAUUCUCAUUUUUCUUUUUAUAGCAGCUUAUGUGCGAGUAUUUUAGUUUCUAGUGCCUUUCACAGGAGGCCAGAAAAAGCUCCUGGCUGUUUUCAAGUUGAAGGCGACGAUGAUUAUUGUUAUUAUGAUGAGUGAUGCGUUUCCUUUCCAAAGCGAGACCCCCCGCCUUGCUAAAAAUGCACUGCCUAAUCUGUCAAAACAGAUGUCGGCUUAAAAAAGGAUGCUCACAGUGUGGAGCAUUACAGAGAUUAGAUAUAAGAACAAAUAGACCAUUACAUGCGGAGUGUUUUUACACACUGAUUAUUAAAUAACACCCCCACCCCCCGCCCCCUCUCAUUUCCUGUUUGGGAGCGAGUCACUGUCAGGUGCAGUUUCACUCAGCACCUCGCUUGUCUCGAUUGCUUGCUUCUUGAGCGCGGGAGUCCAUGCGUUUCUCAAGAUUGAAAUAUGAAGAUUUGAGAGGAAUGGUUUGGAAACAUCUUAAGAAAGCUGGAUGUGUCUCAGUCCUCUAGCUUUCUUUCCUUCUUCCUGAAUCACGCUGUUGAAAAGGAUGGUGAUUCAAAGAGUGUAGGAUUUGGAAGCAGUCCAGUUGAAGCUCUUAAUGGGUUGGAUGUGUCUCUGUUUACCAACAAAUCAACCUUUCCAGAUCAGAGGGUUUAUGUGAGAAGGGUUUUGAUUCGUUGUCGACGGUUAAUCUACAUAAUUUCUCUCGUGCCAAUAACGCACCACGCUUUCAAAACCACUGAGGCUCUAUUCCCUUUUCUUUAACAUGCAUUUCUUUUCUCUUUAUCAUUGCUGUGCUUUUUGUCUCUGAGGACACCAGGGUUUCUCUGACCGACUGUCAUACGUCUGACUGUUGACCGGUUUCAUUCCCCAUGUUCACUGUGGUCACAUUGAAGCUUUCUGCCCUCAACAGCUGAACACAGCUCAGCCAUCCCUAUCAGACCAUCAUUUUAAACUGUCGUGAACAAAGGGAUUGGCUGGUUCUGGGUCAGAUGUUGAGGGGGAAUAAAUUAAAUAUAUUGUGUAUUAAGAAGGAAAUGUCCAACAGGAAGUAAUUCCCUGUCUUGGUCUUGAAGGAGGAAAGGAGGUGUGGCCUAUUUAAUCGUACAGAGCUAAUUGAGGAUGUAAACAUAAUGGAAAUAAACAAUCUCAUUGGUUGAAGCAAAAUAAAAAGUGACAGGAUGACUAAUACUCUUAAGUGUCCUGCCAUGUUAUAUGACCUUCGUGCAAACCUCUUAACCAUCUUACAGUAUGCAUUUCAUUACAUUUACAUAAUCAUUUCACUAGUUAUCUAAGUAGUUGCUGUAGAGAAACAUAUGGUUUGUUCUGGGUCCCAAAGCUUCAUGUUUUUUAGGACAAUAAUCAAAAGAUAAUUGUAAUAACCCUUAUUUUUAUAGGUUUUCAAAACAAAAUAACUAUCACAUGGUUCAUUUGGGAUUCAUUCACUUCCCAACAAUCAUGUAAGAUAAUAUGACUACCAUUUUAUGAUAGGCUGGAGAGGACAAACAUUUCUUGUUCCCCAAAUAUCUUUUACCAUAAUGAACAAUUUAUUGAGAUAAAAGAUUAUAUUACAGCUUUCUGAAAAAUCAUCUCGUUCCAUUGUGGUACUACAUUACCCAGAAGCCUCAGCGCAGUUGCAAUUGGACCCGAUAAUGUUCAACCAAUGAGAUCAUUGUAGUGUUUGUUCAUCUCAAUCACUGAACCUGCACUAUUUAGAAAACUUAAGAGUAAAAUCAGUUCAUUUUUGAUUUUGCGUUCCUCUGAUUAAAUCUUAGUUUUCUUUUCGAUCGUGACCACACCUGCCCCUCCUUCUCGGCUCAACUGAAGAUUAAUUUGUGGGUUUGGGGUUACAGGCGAAUUUUUGUGGGUUACUGAUAUAUUAUUUUGUGAUGUUAAUAAGAAUCUGGUGUCAGGCAAAAGGGAAAACCACGUAAAAGCUGGUAUUUGUGGUUUUCCUUCUCGGUUCUUAUGUGUAUAUUGGAGGCACUUGCAUAUAUAAAUAUCAAUGUAGAAUGUUCCUCUUCACGGUCAUCGAGUGCCAACUACAGUUAUUCUUGUCGGAUAUUAUUUUUGGUCGUCCUUUUUAUGUUUUGUUUAUAACAUAAUUGCCAACCGCUGAUUUAAAUAAAGCAAAGUGAUUUAUAGAC